AUGCCAGGCCUGUCGUCGCCCGCUGGAAGCGAGCAGCACGUAGCGGCCAAGGCGGGGGGAAGGGCGAGCGCGGAGGCGGCGAUGGCGGUGCUGGUGGAGACGAGCGUGGGCGAGAUGGUGAUCGACCUGCACACGGACCUCUGCCCGCUCGCCUCCAAAAACUUCCUCAAACUCGCCAAGUCAGUCACCCUCGCCAAGUCAGUCACCCUCGCCAAGUCAGUCGCCCUCGCCAAGUCAGUCGCCCUCGCCAAGUCAGUCGCCCUCGCCAAGUCAGUCGCCCUCGCCAAGUAA